UGCGUUCCCUCUCUCUUAGUCAGUCUUGACCCAAGUCAACAAAGUACUUCAACUUCGCGAUUGUCUGCACGUAGCAACAGCUUUGGGCUGAAGUUGUACUACGCCGUGUACACGUCUGUAGUUAGAUUUGACUGAACCGAAAGGUCGUUUUUAUUUACCUCAAACAAGCAAAUAAUAACUUAUUAUUUAUAAGCGCGUGCGGGGUGUUAACCUACCGAAGUCUACUUUUACAAAACUAUAAUUAUAUACGCAUGUUCUCUAGUGUAGAAACUAAGCCAAAAGUGGAUAAAACUCUCGUAAAUGCACCCAAGCUACACGAGUUCCUCCAAGAAUCUUUUUUGAAACUGCACUGAGUACCAUGCAGGCACUGCUGGGCUACAACUGAGGAGAAAUGCAGCUUUCUUGCGCCCGCGCUUAAGACUUAACGUUUGAAGGAGACUGGACGGGACGCUUCGUCCUUCGAAUCGCUCCACAUUUUCCACAUCUGUGUCUUUUAAACGGCUACGACGGCGAACCUACACGGCCACCUGGCAGAAAACUGGCCCGAGAGCUGAAGGGGGGACGGCCGCCAUGGGGGGACCGUGGGCUCGCGGCAGACCCGCGCCUUGGAGGCUCGCCCUGCUGCUACUCCUGCAGGUGGUCUCGGCGGCGCGCGCGCGGAGGCACGCGCUCUACUGGAACAGCACGAACGCGAGGCUCGUUCAUGGAGACUUUUCUAUUCAGGUGAACAUUAGUGACUACCUGGACAUCUACUGUCCUCACUACCCCCCCGAUGCCCCUACGGCCAACCCACCCGAGACUCUGAUUCUCUACCUGGUGGGAGAACGCCACUUCCAGGGUUGCGUGGAGACGACGGAAGUCAUAAAGCGUUGGGAGUGCAGCCAACCCUAUGCACCAUAUGGACCUGUGCGCUUCUCCGAGAAGAUCCAGAGGUUCACGCCUUUCUCCCUGGGUUUUGAAUUUCUGCCUGGGCACAGCUACUAUUACAUGUCACUGCCUACUGUGGAUGGACCUCGGCUGCCCUGCCUGACGCUUAGAGUCACGGUGUGCUGUGAGUCAGAGCCCGUCGAGUCCAAGCUCGGACAGGGUACCCCGGCCCCUCGCGGUGCUGCCUGCGGAGUGAUGAAGGCUCCACUCCCUCUGUUUCUCAUCCUCCCUGUCCUGCUCCUGCUACCUGUCUGACCGUCUUCCACCAAAUAUCCCUCAGACAAGCAUCUUUACACCAAGAAUCUUCCCUGCAUAUUCCCUCAGAAUGACAGAGCCAUGCUGCCAAACUGUCCCAAAAAAUGUGCAUUGACCUCUGAGUGCUCCAUGGCCAUCUCCACCCUCUCGUGUGCUGGAACAUGUACCCUGUUGUUAUACAGCUCUUCUCAGUGAAGUCCACGUCUGUGUAGUCAUAGCAAAGCAAACACACGUGUGCAUGCGCUUACACGCUUACACACAUGCGCACACACGCUCUGGUUCUCAGUGACGGUGAACACACUAUUACGUGUUAUGGAUUGCUGUCUUUUCUCGUUGUGUGCCCUGAUUAUCGAGUUCUUCGUAUCUAAUUGUAGUCAACUGAAAUGCGCACAGGGGCAAGGAUGACCAAACUAUAUUUAUGCACUCUCUAAUUUUAGAGUGCAUAGCAAUUUUGUUUGUCAUUAAAAAAAAAAAAAAAAAAAAAGGGGGGGGGGCCAGUCAAAGUUUGGUCAGCAACUUGCUCGUUUUCCGGGGCCUAUUUUGCAACUCCUGUGGCCACGUUGGUCGUAACGUCUACGUGCGUACGGUUGUGUCGUCUUCCAGCAAGUCAAACUCGCUUCCUGAAGGAACCGGUCAAACUCCUAUUCCCUUGCGUUCCCUCUGCUGUCGUCUUUGGACUGGCACUAAUCUCUACCCCACGUUCCAGCGUACCCCUCCUUUCUCUCGUUUUGCUAGCUUUGCUUUUAGCCCCUUGCCCUUUCAGCCUCCCCCCCUCCACCAGUUCCCGCCCUCUCUUUUUUGAUAAAAGUUCACUCUGAAACGGGUCGACACUAAUCUUCGAUCAAAAGCCCGUCUUUUCAUCUUGCACCUCUUGCUGUUUCUCCUUUUUCUCAUCUUUACGUCCCUUGGCAGCUGCCUUCACCCCUUCGUAACUGUAAAUUACCGCCAAACUCAGCUCGAGUGGACAGAGCUAAACCAACGGACUAAAAGCUAAACUGUGCCCAAACUGGACUGUGCUCAGCCAAGGAAAGCCAGUUUUGGCAUGUAUCGCAAAACCUAAACCUUAUGAGAUCAUACGGUGUUUUUGUAGACUUGUAGACUGGCUUCUCCAGGACUAAACAGAAACCAGUUUGCCGUAGUUUGACGGACCUGAGCCAAAGGUGAGACCAAUUAGUCUAUAUGGCAAAAUUCAAUGUGACCGUACCUCAGAUGUGCUGGAAAUGAAACAUGAAAUGCAAAGGGCUUAAAUCUUCAAGGCAGCAUUUAAGUAGGCGAAGCCUUAACUCGCUAUACGAGUGCUGAAUGUGUUGGGAUUUAGGCUAAACAUUGAUUAAAUGAGCUUGGUUGCGGUGAGUAAAACUGUAUUGAGUGCACUAUGUUGGGGAGAAAUGGGAAAACUGGACAUGGCUGGACAAUAUUAAUGGUUGUCUCUUUCAGAGCUCUGUCAGUCUUAUUGCUCAAGGACCAAUGAAAGCACUGUCUUGUGGCUUCAGUUGUUUCGUUGUGUUCAGCUGGGGUUUGCUCUUGACUGACAGAUUAUGCAUUUUUGGACUUUGAACUGAGCACUUUUCAAUGCAGAGUUUAACCUUCAUGGGGGAGAUAUUCCUAUUUGUGUGUGUGUGUGUGUGUGUGUGUGUGUGUGUGUGUGUAUAUAUGAUUUUUUUAAAAAUUUGAAUUAAUGCAGUGUUUUAGUUUUUGUCUUUUCUGGAAAUCUAAAUUUAAUGCGUGUUCUUUGCACCCCUUUAUUGUAAGCAGUGAUGGAUGUAAUAUUCAAAAAUGUAUAAAUGUAAUCUUCCAGUUCCUUUUCUGAUUUCUUAAUGUGUAUAUAUGAACAUUAGAAAUUUUUUUU